AUGCCUUGCAAGAACAGAGGAGAGAGGGAAUUUCCCGAGGACUUGAUCAAACUGUGCAUUGGUAUCGAGAACACUGACCACUUGACUUACGAUUUGACUAGGGCGCUUUUGAGGAGCGGUGCUGCCAAUGAGAAAGACGAACUUUACAAUGCAGUUGCUGUGCAGCCAAAACUUGCCCAUCUUCUCGCCAACGAGGAGCCCAAGAAUUACAGCAGCACAAAGAUAAUUCAAAAAGUUGAUAUCGACUUGGUGCUUGACCAAUUUACUUUGCAGGAAGACGUUGGUCUCGUCAGUGGACGUAACUCGGGCACACUUAUGCUGUCACAUGCCUCCAUUGAUUCUAAGAACAGAGGAGAGAGGGAAUUUCCCGAGGACUUGAUCAAACUGUGCAUUGGUAUCGAGAACACUGACCACUUGACUUACGAUUUGACUAGGGCGCUUUUGAGGAGCGGUGCUGCCAAUGAGAAAGACGAACUUUACAAUGCAGUUGCUGUGCAGCCAAAGUUAUAA